AUGAUAUUUAUUAUUCUUCUAAAACUAUCUUGUUGUAUUUUUAUGGCUCUUUUAUUUGCUAUCAGUCUUCUAUACAUUCCUAUAGGAUAUUUAAUAAGUAUUUUUAGUGCAAAAUGGUCUAUAAAAAUAACUACUGUAUUUUCAUAUUUCUUAUGGGAAAUAUGCGGCUGGAUAUUUAAACUAUCUUUUGAUAUUAAAAAGAUUAAUAAACUCGAUAAAAAGAAAUUAAUUAUUGUAUCUAACCAUGUCGGUGCAAUAGAUUUUAUGAUCCUAAAUUUUAUAUUUAAAACUAACGGUAAUAUGAAAUAUCUUAUAAAAUCGGAAAUGAAGUGGGUUCCUAUAUUUUAUCAAGUAGUAGAUCUUUUAAAAUUUAUUGCUGUUAGUAGAAAUUAUAAAAAAGACAAAGAUAGAAUAAAAAAACGAAUUGAUUUAUUAUUGAAAAGUGAUAUACCAGUAAUAGUAGUUAUAUUUCCAGAAGGAACUAGGAUUAAUAAAGAAAAUUUAACAAGAUCUAUUAUAUUCUGUAAAAAUAGAGGUCUUCCUGUUUUAAGUAAUGUGCUUUACCCAAGGUUAAAUGGAUUUAAUUUAAUUUAUGAAAUAUUGAAAAAAGAGAAUUUUUAUAUUGCGGAUUUUACAUUUACACAUAUAAAAAAACCAUUGUCUUUAUGGGAAGUUUUAUUUACUUCUAAACGGGGCGAGAUUAAAUAUGAUUUACGAUUUAUAAAUAUUUUAGAUAUAAAAAAUCCUAGAAAGUGGAUGGAAGACUGUUUUGUAAGAAAGGAUAGGAUAAUAGAAAAUUUGAAAAAUGGUGAAUGA